CGCCCGGGCCUGAACUUGAACGCGAUUUUCCGUACAUGAUCAUACGGCUCCACGUAGCGCGAGACUACAAAUAAUUGGAGAGUGACGUAGACGUUUUAAGUUUGAAGAGCUUGGCAAGACUAUCUGGAGUGCAAACGCUCAACCAAACUCUUACCGGACGACAUACGAAAGACGCUUGAGCCGUCUCGUUUUCAGACCAUGGUUAGCAUGUUACAAGUAUGAGUGACUUAAAUCUUGCAGAUGUUGUCGAUCGUCUCGAUUCUUCUACGCAAACAGAACGCAAAGAAGCCCUGAGAGACCUUAAACAAAUCUUCCAGCACAAUCGUCACAAAUCGAAAAGGAACACGAUCACAGACAAAUCCUUCUACGCGUUAUAUGAGGCUAUAUUCAGGGUCAAUUCUCUGGAGCGCUCGCAAUAUGCCAGAGCUAACUCAAAGACCCCAAAGACUGCUAGCGCGAAUCGUCUUGAGCAAGGCGCCGACGCGCUUCGUCAGUCAGUCGAAUUUGGAGUACAUAGACUUCAAAGAAGAACCGUCAAGGCUAUUCUGGAACAUAUCGUUCAAACGCUGCCUAUGUCAAGUGGAGGCUAUUGUGAGCCUUUACUAAUACCUUAUUCAAAAUGCUUGCGAAGUGUCCUGGAGUUCCAACCUCACGCUGAGCAUUUAUCAUCGACAGAUUGGUGUGAAGCAGUCGAUUUCUGCAUCACUCUAAUAGUUACUGCUGAAGAGCAUGACUCAAUGGACAGUCUGCGCAUACCACAGUCUGGAUCACGACGACGGGAUGCUUCGACGGACAGUUCGUCCCGAUCUGGUACUAAGGAGCCUCUAGAAACCCCUCGUCAUGGCGGAGUAUCUCCAUCGGUUGCUCAAGAGCUGGUGGUCUGUUUGCGCCAGCUUGUCACUGUCCCAAACGCGCCCAUCUUUCAGAAGGCGCAGGUCUCUCUGAAUUCACUCACUAGAUUUCUGCGAUCGGCUAGGAACGUCGGUCUGGCGCACCAGGAUGCAUUUGCCGCUAUCAAUUCAAUACUUACAGCAAUACACCUGCAUCACAAUGAUAUAUCGCAAAGAACAAUCGCUCAGCUUCUACCGGUCAUGAGAGACCUCUGGCAAACACGAAUAGCGUCCUCUUUGAAGGAAGAAAUUUUAGCGACAAUUAUCAUUUGUCAGGAACAGAUUGCAGUCAUGCUACAGCUAGAACAUAAUCACUACAAUGAGGAGGUGAGACAGGAGGUUGAAGCUCUAUUAGAUUGCUUACACGCCGAAUACUUGAAGCGACUCCCGCGCGAUCAGUUGCAGGUCGAAGACCUACGACUUGAAGUCGGCGAGGUUUCAUGCGAAUAUAGCAUCCUCUCGACCCCAGCGUUUUCUUUAAAGAGCGAAUCUCGCCACGAACAACAAUGGGCCAUCUUGAGUAUCAUGGGUACUUUGACAUUGAUGCUAAGUCACGAUCACUCCGCAAUUGAACUGGAUAGUCAGGACAUUGACGACCGCCCGCGAAAGCGAAGACGCUAUACAAGUCGCAUCACUGCGCUGUUAGAUGACCUCAGUCGGCCUGGUUCAGAUAGAGUCGCAUCGUUACAAAUACUGACUUUCAUGCUGUAUCGUACGCCAUGCUCCGCGGGCCUACUUAGUCAGAUCCUUGACAGACUUAUCGGUUGUGCCUCAGAUAAAGCCGGUUCCGUCUCUGCAUGGAGCCUUCUUUGCGUUGCAUCAGCGGCUCAUUCGAACAAUUCUAUCGACACAUCACUUUCCAGUUCAUGGAUGAAUCUGUGGGAACAGGCAGCGCGCAAUGCUGUUAUUCCGUCCUCUUGCCGACCUGCCUGCCUCGCUAUGCAAGUGCUCUUACAGCUCGGUAUCGUAUCGUAUUCUGCCAUAGCAUCAACUAAUGAAACCAUGUUCGCGUCUAUCGACCUGAGCGGUCCUGCUUUCAUAGCUGACUCAACGCUCAACUUCUUCAUAUCAAUGAUAGACUACGCAUCCGCCACGAAUCCCAGUCGAUGUGACUCUAUCACAGACAAAGUUGUUCAGUGGAUAUUCAGCAAAUUCUCUAUUGCUUUCUCAAGCGAAAGAUCCUACGCAAAUCACGGGAAUCAGUCGUUCAGUGCGGCUGACGUAUUAGGCGCUCUCUACUACUGUUUAGGUAUCACGUACCCGACCACGGAUGCUUCUGUUUUUGCAUCUGGCCCCAUUGCACAAGCCUGUUCACACAUUAGCCUACACCAUGAGAAGGCUGUCUAUCUCCUACUUCUCGACGACACGCAUUUCUUUUGCAAACCAAGACGACGAAAUAAGCAUAUGCGAAACUCGAGUGAGACGAUCACGCAAGCUGCUGUUGGUCUAGAAUCUCGCAUCAUCGAUUCGUGUAUAGCACAGACUGAGGACGCUUACCAGCAGCUGGAAGUCUGGUGGAAAGAACGCCCUCAGAACAUAUCUCAGAUAAUGAUUAAGGGACUUACGACUCUCGCUAUGGUGGUAUCCGCCAUCGCGCACAAUAGACAUUCAAUCAACAAUUACAAAGCCGCAUCCUUAAACAAACAGACAGCCCGACUAGUCAAGACUCUUGUGGAAGUUGUAUUAUCUCCAGAAUCCGAAUCUGCGAGGCUCGAUACGCUCAUUGAUGCUAUGCGUCCGAGUUUGCUGCCGAUGACUGAAUAUGUCCAUGUGGGCGGGAAUGCUUUCAAUCACAGCGGCAUCACACUCUUGGCUAUGCAUAUCACUAGAGGUCUAAACAGCCGCGAAAGCAUCCACGGGUUGUCUCUUCCGAACAGCCACCAGGAGGAUAUUAUGGAUCUUGAUGAUGAGUUUGAUUCGCAACCAACGCCCGACAUUGAUCAUACACAGCUCACUGAGCCCCCAAGGAAGGAGUCUGUUGUACAGUCCGACCCAUCCGCGGCGAGAGCAUCAGUCUUACUGUAUCUCAGAUUCGUCACUGCUACAUUUGAAGCUAUAGACGCCGAACAGCGAAUAAAUAGUGUGCCAACUACCUUCAUUGAUCAUCUAGUAUCACUUACCGCCAAAGAGAUGCAUUAUUGCCGAAGCUUUUUGGAACAGCUCCUCAAUGCGAGAAUGAUUGUAAAAUCCGCGGACCUGGAUAACUGGUUGACGCACCUCGGAGAGACUAUUCUAGGACCGUACAUCUAUAAUCGUAGUGAAGUUGGUCUUUGUCUAUGUAUCGACGUUCUAACGACUUACAUGGAAGUCUGGGCUAAGACAGAUGCCGGAGAUCUGCACGAUUCUGCUUCGGAGAUGUACGAGUGGCUAUUGAGAACACUCCUCGAAACCGACUGCGCAUCGCCGAUGACUCAAAUCGGCAUGAGUAACUUGUUGUUGGCUGCUCAUGCCGAGAGUGAGAGCUUCGCUGAGUCCUCCGAUCUGCCAUCGCCACGCACAGCAUUGCUUACCCUCCUCCGAUCUGGCUCCAUAGGAGUCAAGUACCACGUCUCUACUCUUCUACCGGAAAUGUUCCAACGAUACGUACUCGCCAUGCAUGAUGGAUUUCUCAACGAUAUUACCGACGUCCUGCCUUCAUCAUCUGAUUGGUUAGAAGGUUUGGCACUGCGACUUAUUGUCUUUACAAAACUUGGCUCCCUGUGGCCAACAAUUUUAAGAAGGUGUGUAUGGUACAUCUUCGAAGCUGCUGGUAACGUCGAGCUUUGUUUGGAGCAUGCGACAGUAUGCAUAGAGGAUGUGGCUCGUUCGCUCAAUCUGUCAAGUGCACAAGAGCUCUUCGCAUUAUUUUCGCGGCAAUUGUUCUAUACCUGGACGGACCUCGCGGAGCCCGAUACGGCGAAGCUGUAUCGUGAUAUUCCGUACUCCAUCUUCAAAUACAAGUCGCUUGCACAGUUGUUAGUAGAGACGAGAGAUGAGGCUUUUGCGCAGGCUCUCAUGCGGGGCUCAAGGGAAGACAUGGAGACCGUAGCAAGUCAAGUCGGCAUCUGCGAAGACAGAUUGACGGAAAUGGCCAUCUGCAAGGUGGUUGCAUACACAAUAUCUCGGGACACAGACGAUUAUGUGCAAAAGCAAGGUACCGGGCAUGGCAGCGGGCCAGACUCGUCAAUUACCAGUCAGGAAAAGGCUGUGAGCACCAAGUUUGGGACCUCCAAGUACAAUGAUCUUCUUAGAUCGCAUUUCCCUCGUAUCCUUGGCUUGCUUCUUCUGCACACAGACUUGACAGACAAAGUCCAUAUUGCCCCUGCUAAGAGUGAUGUGUUCGCCAACGCAUGCAAAGUUGCUGAAAAUAUUAUGUCAUACGGUCGUUCCGAUCAUAAGUUACCCCCAGAUCAACAACCAUCAUUUGGGUCUUUUACCGCAUUUCACCGUAUUGAUCGGCUCUGUCGCCGCGCUGCCUACAAGUCCGAAUCAAUAUGGACUUCUGACGUCGUUGUAUUUGUGAUGAGAAUGUUGCUGUUACAACUACGGCCGGAAUUAGGCUCCCUUCAUGCUUGCUCGGUCAUUCGAAAAAUUAGGGUACUGGUGGCUCUUGCAGGAGAUGUCGCUCUUAAAGGUUACCCACUCCACAUGAGCCUCCAUGCAUUGCGCCCUUAUCUUACGGACUUUCAAUGUUCUGACGAUGCCUUGGGCAUCGUACAGUAUCUCUUUGCAAAUAGUCAGCGGAGUCUCCAACUCGACCUAUCAUUCGUAUCAGGAAUUGGUCUAUCUAUACUACUCUCUUUGCGCAGAUUCCUCGAAAUUUCUCAAGAUAGCACAACUCAAGAAUCACAAUAUAUAUCAACAAUGUCCAAGGCCACACUAUUCCAUGUUUGGCUUUCAGCAUACUUAUCAGACCUUGCGAAACAAUCAUCCAGUCACAACAACAAAAACAACAACAAAAACAACAACAAAAACAACAACAAAAACAACAACAACAACACCCUGAAUCGGCCGCAGCUCUCUCACGAAGCAUUUGGCAACAUGAUGACGGCAGCCGCAGGAGUUCAAGCGAACGGAAACUCUCGCCAAGGGACUCCUGAAAGUACACUGUUACUUGAAAUUCUCAAGGAUGACAUGAGCAACGAUCGACUUCUUAGUCGGCCAUCUCAAGAGCUUGUGUUUAGUAUUCUUUGUAAAGAUUUCAAGUACGCUUCCUCACCGUCUGACGAUAUCCUGGGAUCAGAUCAAGAAGCUACUCGGUAUGCCCACGCCGUAUGGCGUUCCUGUCAGCAUCGACAUAUUCCCCAGUCAUAUCUGCUAUGGGCUUCGCGAGCUCUCGGUCGAGCGUUCUCAGCACGGGGCGAAGUCGGAUUUAAUAUGCGGUACCGAGGACUGGCUGAUUCUGAUGUUCAGUCACAAAAUAGAGAUACUAAAAGCCCUUCCUCGCACUCGAAUAUCAUGCGACUACUAAACGAUUACCUCUUCAGCGGAACACGUCCUGAAGCUGGCAUGGUAGAACAGACCCUGCGAUCGGUCCUGUCUCAGCUGAAAGGUGAUGAACGAGACGUCAACAUCCAGGCAUCACUGUCCCGAAAUAUCAUUGAGUCGCUAACUUGGGACAAGACAUCAAAUCUAGAAGACUUUCAUAGUGUCCCAGCGUUUGAUCUCACCGAGUCUGCAUGCUCCAGCAAGAAGUCUUACGAGCAAUGGAUUCGGGAACUGGUGGUGAGUCUGACUCAGGUAGGCUCCGAGGACAUCGUUCUUGGUGAACUAGCUCACGUAGCCUUCGGGAUACCAGGUCUCGCGCAAAAGAUUUUUCCAUCCGUACUUCACAUAGUACUUCUUCAACAAUACGAUCGUCAGAAAAUAGUGAAAGAGAUCCUCUCCUGUGCAUUUAAUGACUGGUUCGAACAAGAAGACCACCAUUACCUGCCCCAGAUCAGGAGUAUCGUCACUGCUAUUGUUUAUCUUAGAGGACAACCUGUUCCCAACGAGAAGUCGUGCGCAGAUCGCGAUCGUUGGCUCGACAUCGAUUUCUUGCGUGCAUCCAGGGCUGCAGCGAGGUGCCACCUCUACCGAAUCUCGCUCCUUUUCCUUGAGACAUAUGCUUCUCCACCCAUUCGCAUAUCUCGUCGCUUCUCUAUUGUAUCCACCAGUGUUCCCGUCGAUUUGCAAAUAAUCGUUUACAAGAACUUGGACGAGCCCGAUUCGUACUAUGGGAUUGAGCAAGAACCGGACAUCCUCUCAAUACUGAACCGCCUUGAUUACGAAGGUAAUGGGAUGAAGGGACUUCUUUUCAGGGGCGCUAGACUUGAUAGUCAAAUGCGCCGACUAAACAAGACCUCUUUCGAGGACUCCAGAGGGGUCAUGACCUCACUCUCAACACUCAAUCUAAACACUAUAACGCAAGCACUUCUAUCCAGUUCUGGCUUUCAAGGCGCAGGAAUUGGUAGCAUUGAGAGCACCCUAAAUACGGCCAGAAAACUUGAGCAAUGGGAUAUUAGAGCGCCUGAGUCCCUCGAAACCGAGGCAGCCACAAUAUACAGGGUAUUCCAGGCAAUUAGUACAUCGAACACCGCGACUGAUGCAAGAUCCCACAUUGAUGGCGGCCUUAUGCGAACAGUACGAAGUCUUUUAUCGCAGGGUGAUCACGUUGUCAACAAAGAGUCCUUCUUCCGUGUCUUUGCUGUCUUGUCUGAGACUGAUGAUAUUAUGAGCCUCUGUCACGAAGGCUCAAUGGACGAUAGAUGGGCCAGCUUGGAUAGUCGUGCCUCGUGGAUGGAACGUGGAAGGGUUGAAGAUUUCCGUCCCAUUCUUUCAUCACGAGAGACAUUACUCGGCGUUCUAUGUCGCAAUGCACGGCUCCGGGAAAGCAUAAAAGCGCCACCGGAUCUAGUCUAUCAACUACAAGCCUCGAAUCUAUUAACAAAUUCCAGGAUAUCUCGCAAACAUGGUGCUCUUCAAGAUGCGCUUGCCUGUGCUACCUACCUCUCUGAUAUCGCGGAGGAUGCAAAGGAGUUUGGCAUCCAUUUAGAAGGACCUGCAUUGUUUGAAACCGCUCGAAUUCUCUGGGACCAAGGAGAAACGACUCCAGCUAUCCUAAUUUUGCAAAAGUUGAAUGGCUCUAAGACACUUCAACAGCAGCUCCCCGAGGGCACAUUGAGUCAGAUACUGUUGGAGCUGGGACGUUAUCUCGCCGGAGCAAGAGUGGCAAGCGCGCAAGAGAUUGCUGGGUCGUACCUAAGGCCGGCCAUCAAAGAAUUAAAAGCAAAUACGAAAGGACGACAAGCCGGUGAAGCGUUCCAUACAUAUGCAUCGUUCUGUGAUGCUCAAUUGAACAGUAAUGAGCUGAGCGAUGAACUGGCGCGUGUUCAGGCGCGAAAGGAACAGAAAGGACGAGAGAUUGAUGAGUUCAAGGACGUCUUGAGGUCACUGAAAGCCAAGGAGCAGAAACCAGAGCGUGACAAACUCAGAAGAGACAUUAUGAGGAUGCAAAAAUGGUACGAUAUCGAUGAUCAAGAAUACGGUAGACUACGAGCCAGCAAGGAGACUUUCGUGAGUGAGAGCUUGAAAAAUUACCUACUGUCUUUACGCGCCUGCGACGACUAUGAUAAUGAUGUCUUGCGCGUAUUCGCUCUAUGGCUUGACUUUCCGGAUGCACCACAGGUCAUUGAGGUCAUGAAGAGCUAUCUCGCGAAAGCGCCACCCGGAAAAUUCGCAAUACUGAUGAAUCAACUGUCAUCGAGGCUGCAGGUGGAGAAAACUCCAUUCCAAGAGGAGUUGUCCGAUCUUGUAUUUCAGAUCUGUCUUCACCAUCCUUAUCAUGCGAUGUACCAGAUAUACGCUAGUUGCGCAUCUCUUGGAGUUGAUGCGGCAAGCAAAUCUCGGCACGCGUCUGCAAAAGAAGUAGCACAUAUGCUCGAGAGGUCCAAGCCGCCUAGCUCGCGGAUAUGGAAGGCAAUUCACAGAGCCAAUGAAUGUUACCAUCAGUUCGCGAUGGUCACAAAAGAUGAAAUCAGAAAGCUCAAUAAGGAACCGACGUUAGGAGAUCUCCAAUCAGGGAGACGCUUACAGACUAUAGUGACGAGCUUAGAGAUUCCGCCUGCGACAUUAGCAAUCGAUGUCCGACUAGAUCAAAAUUACACCGACCUCCCUAUCAUUACGAGUUGGCGAUCGAAGAUCUCCAUUGCUGGAGGAAUUAGCGCUCCAAAGAUCGCCACAGCCGUGGCUUCGAAUGGAGAGCAUUUCAAACAAUUGUUCAAGUCCGGCUCUGAUGAUCUUCGCCAAGACGCGAUUAUGGAGCAAGUAUUUGAGCAGGCCAGCAAACUUCUCAAAAACCACACGUCAACUCGUUUACGCAGCCUUCAUAUCAGGAGCUAUAAAGUCGUGCCUCUCAGUUCUAAGAGUGGUGUGAUUGAGUUUGUAAGGGACACCAUUCCGUUAGCAGAUGCCGUUCUCCCUGCGCAUCGCAAAUACAAUCCUCGGGACUGGAAAUCUGACGACUGUCGCAAAAAGGUAUCAGAGGCAUCAAGUCAUUCUGAGGAGCACAGAAUCAAAGUUUAUCGCGAAGUGUGUGACAAUUUCCACCCAAUAAUGAGAUACUUCUUUCUAGAGCGCUUCGUAAACCCUGACGACUGGUUCGAGAAGCGCCUCGCAUACACCCGCACCACAGCAGCCAUCUCAAUUCUUGGACAUGUUCUUGGACUUGGCGAUCGUCAUUGUCAGAAUAUUCUACUUGACCAAAAUAGCGGUGAAGUUGUUCACAUUGAUCUAGGCGUUGCAUUCGAAGCUGGCCGUAUUCUUCCCGUUCCAGAAGUUGUGCCCUUCCGCCUAACACGAGAUCUCGUCGACGCAAUGGGAUUUACUAAAACAGAAGGUGUGUUCCGUCGCUGCUGCGAGUUCACUCUCGAAGCCCUUCGGGAGGAACGCGAGAGCAUUAUGACUCUCCUCAAUGUUCUCCGCUACGAUCCCUUGGUUAGCUGGACCGUAUCACAGAAUCGCGCUCGGCGCAUGCAAGAGCAUACAGAGCAGCAGGAUGCUCCUGGCGGUGGUAUCACUGGUGAUGAUCUGCUCAAGCAGAAUUCAAAGAAGCAUGAGAAUGAUUCGGGAGAGGCUGGAAGAGCUUUGGCAGUUGUGGAGCAGAAGUUGAGUAAGAAUCAGUCGGUAUCGACUGUGGUGAGUGGACUGAUACAGCAAGCCACGGAUGAGCGUAAUCUUGCCGUGCUCUUUUGUGGUUGGUCUGCGUGGUGUUGAUAUAUAGACAUGUGGUAAUGGAGCAUACAAUGUACGUGAUCAUGUCGACCGCUUUUCCCUAAAUGGAUUUCAUUAAAGUCAUAAGAUUAAGUGUUCGAUGAAAUCUUCCACAGUCUGCGGGGAUGGUAUAUCCACUUAUGUCCUCCUCACCAUACAAGGAGUGGCGUGCUAUCUUUGAUUGAGCAGUGUGUAUUUCUCGUCCCUACAAAUAUAUUCUGAAAGGCCAGAGAUCCGGC